UGCAACGAUGGUGGCAAUGCUUGGAUGAAACAAAUUGAAUCUAAGAUAGAUAUGGGUAAAGCUGUAUUAUUAGUAUUCCUUAUUUAUACUUUGAUAACAAAUGGGAAAAGAAUGACUAUGGCAGAAGAAAAAACAAUCAAGGUAAAUCCAAAAGCAAAUGCUUUAAAAGAACCAUCUAAUUUGGUAUCUGAAUUACUUAGAGCAAUACAAAUAUUAAGUAAACUAGAAAAAACUCUAAGAAACGCAUCUAAUCCAGCAACAGAACUUUACGCUAGGAAUACAGUAAAUGCAAAUUCUCCAAAAAUAGUAAGUUCGAAAGAAAAUACUAUAAAAACGGCAUUUAAUCAAACAUCGAAACUAAUUAAAGUACUACAAAUAUUAGAUCUACUAGAAAAAACUAUACAAAGGCCAUCUGAUCCAGCAACGGAACUAAAUGCCACGGCAGCAGAAAAAGAGGUUCCUGGAAUUACAAUCACAAAAACAAGUACCACCAAAGAAAAACCUAAAGAAAGCACUGUAUUCAACCAAGACCUGAUACUAUUUGAACUUUUCCUGAACCAGUUAAAGGAAGGGCUAGAAAAGCCAUCUUAUACAACUCCAAACUUUACAGUGGCGACAGAAAGAACACCCACCGAAAGUAUGGACGAAAAUACUUCAAAAGAUCUAUCUAAUCAAGAAUCAGUAUUACUCCAACUAGUAGCAAAUCAAUUUAAAAAAUCACAAACAGCAGAAGAAGAAACUACUAAAGCAAGUUCAAAAGAAAAUACUACAUUAAAAUCGAAACUAUUGAAAAAUCUAAAUCACCUAAAAAGAACUGUAGAAAAAUCAUCAAAAGUCUUAAAGACGAAAGGAAAAACAUUUAAUAAGAGGCAGAAAAAACAUAAUUUAAACGUAGAUUAUGAUGCCAAAGCGAAUCCUGAAAAAAUGAAAAUGAUGGUAGGACUGGCACAACUAAUUGUCGGGGCAAUGAAAAUAGCAACUAAACCCAAGAAACUCAUCAACAGAUCGAAAGUAGGAAUCGCUACUGUACAAAAUACAGAGUCACCAGAGUCUCCAGGAUCUACUGAGGCACCAGGAUCUACUGAGGCACCAGGAUCUACUGAGUCACCAGGACCGUCAGAACCUCCUCAGUCUCCAGAGUCCUCAGGAUCUCCACAGGCUCCAGGACCUCCACAGUCUCCUGGGCCUCCAAACGUAUGCGCACCCAUCAUGCCCGUCAUGUAUCAGCUCUACCGUUUGUAUAAUUAUUACCCCAGUUACCCCUGCUCUUACUCAUAUUCGUAUAUAUAUGGGUAAUGAGUUCCCUCAAUUCUUAAGAAUCAUUAUUACAGCUCGAGCUUUAUAAAAUUUCGGCUUGAAAACCCAACAUGAUAAAAUCAUCAUGUUUAAUAUAAGUCCUUGAUUUUCUGAUACAAAUUAAAAAAAACACUAUGUAUUAGUGUGUCGUUCAGAUUUGAAGACCAUGAUUCCUCAUAAACCCCAUCACCAAAACUCGAGCUUGACCGAAAUGUGACUUGUAGCCCCAACGUGCUUAACAAACAUAACGAAGAGAGCAAAUCUCCUAACA